CGUGCGUCAGUGCGGUGACUGGAGAGUGGAAUCCCGACGGCGGGCGCUGCUCUCGAGUCGUGGAAGACAGGCUGGGGUCCGAAUGUGAACACAGCAAUUAACUUGCAGUUUUCUGUAGUGAGCUUUCAAAUUCAACGGGAUGGUCUAAUGCAAAGCAAAGGAACCUCUUUUUUUAUUUUUUUUGUUUUGGUUUAUUUUUGUUACUUUCAUGGAUAUGUAUUUUCUGUCUAAAUGUUUCGCUGGUUUUCGUAUGGUUUAACCAACUGACUCGAGACAGCUGGAGAGGGAGAGAGAGAGAGAGAGAGAGAGAGAGCGAGCGAGAGAGAGAGAGGGGAACCGCGACUGCAUUUUUAUUUGAAUAACGUUUUGGACAGAGGAAAACAGCAACGUGGACGGAAUUACCAACAUGAGUGAACAGAGUAUCUGUCAGGCUCGAGCUGCUGUUAUGAUAUAUGAUGAUGCUAAUAAGAAAUGGGUGCCUGCUGGUGGUUCAACAGGUUUCAGCAGAGUUCAUAUUUACCAUCAUACUGGGAACAAUGCAUUCAGAGUAGUUGGAAGGAAAAUCCAGGACCAUCAGGUGGUUAUAAAUUGUGCCAUUCCUAAGGGACUUAAAUACAAUCAAGCAACCCAGACCUUUCAUCAGUGGCGAGAUGCCAGACAAGUUUAUGGUCUAAACUUUGGAAGCAAAGAGGAUGCCAAUGUAUUUGCUAGUGCCAUGAUGCAUGCCUUGGAAGUGUUAAAUUCACAAGAUUCAGGUCCAACAUUGACACGACAGAAUUCUCAGCUCUCCCCUCAUGUGCAGAAUGGUCCUUCACAAGAGGAGCUGGAAAUACAAAGGAGGCAGCUGCAGGAACAGCAGCGACAAAAGGAACAAGAGAGAGAAAGACUAGAGAGGGAGAGGACUGAAAGAGAGCGCAUCGAAAAGGAAAGACUGGAAAGAGAACGACUAGAGCUGGAGCAGCUGGAGCACGAGAGGCUGGAGAGAGAGCGGCUUGAACGCUUGGAGCACGAGAGGCUGGAGAGAGAGCGGCUUGAACGCCUGGAGCGUGAAAGGCUUGAACGAGAGAGGCUAGAACGUGAACGACUGGAAAGGGAACACCAGGAACAGCUUGAAAAAGAACAAAUGGAUUGGGACAGAGAGAGGAGGAUGUCUAGUAAUGCUCCGUCUCUAGACAGCUCGCUGUACAGCAGUCCUCCUCCUGAGUACUCCAGCUGCCAGCCUUCCUCUGCACCACCACCGUCAUACGCCAAAGUAGUUGCUGCACCUGUCCCAUCCUUAGCGGGAGAUUCUGUACCAGACUGCACAUCAACAACCACUCCAGCUAGCAACACACCCCCCACUCCUCCUUUGCGGCAUUCUGCUUCCCGUUUUGCCACAUCUCUUGGUUCUGCCUUUCAUCCUGUGCUGCCUCAUUAUGCUACCAUACCACGCCCUCUCAAAACAACUGCUCCUCCUUCUCCAGUAAAAUCCUCCCCGCCCACUCCUUCAUCCACAAAAUCCAUAGUAUGGUCUGCUUCCAAUUUUAGUCCACUCCCUCCUUCUCCACCAGUUAUGAUCAGUAGCCCUCCUGGUAAAGCAGCUGGCCCCCGUCCUGUACUUCCACUUCCUGUCCCUAGCCCUUUAGCCCAGGUGCCUCCUUGCCCUGCAUCUUGUAAUGGACCUCCAGAAUCCCCACUCACACCUCAGACAAUAUUGUCACCAAUAAACUCAGCUCCCCCUCUCCCUCCACCACCUCCACCCCUUCCACCUCUCAAUCUGUCGUCCUCUCCAGGCUGUCCUGCUUCUCCAAAUGCAUCUGUUGUGUCAACUCCCUCAUCCCAUCCUCGUGUUCUCCCUUCUCCCUCUGCAGCUUCCCCUGCCUCCGCUGAACACUCACUAAACUCUGUGUUGGGAGACUCCUCUGCUCCAGAGCAGCUGGCUUUACUGGGGGCCUCUCAGCUGGCUGAUCCUCAAACCUUGCCGGAAAAUAGUCAAGGCCCACCAGCUCCUCCUCCACCCCCUCCACUUCCUCCAGGAACUUCACUACCGCUACUGACAGGUCCUCCUCCUCCUCCAUGCCCACCUCCACCCCCACCUUUACCUUCUUCCUCUGGACCUCCACCACCUCCUGGACCUCCUCCACCACUUCCAGGCCAGGUACCACCACCUGCACCACCCCCACCCCCAGCCCCUCCUCUUCCCACAGCAGGUUUCUCUCCUGUGUCAGAUGAAAACCGUCCGCUGGCUGGAUUAGCGGCAGCUUUGGCUGGAGCCAAACUGAGAAAAGUGCCAAGGAGUGAAGAUUCUACAGGCGUUGCCGCUGCCUCUACACUGACAAAAAUAGAGUCUAGUCGUGGAAAUGGACCACUGUCUGUGGGUGGAGGUGGUCUCAUGGAAGAAAUGAGUGCCCUGCUGGCCAGGAGGAGAAGAAUUGCUGAAAAGGGAUCAACACCUGAACCGGAAACAAAAGAAAAACAAGAAGAUGCAGAACCCACAUGUCCUAAGAUACCAGCAGCAAGUACUCCAGAUAUGGCAAGAAAGCCCUGGGAAAGAACAAACACUAUGAAUGGUAGCAAAUCUCCAGUUAUAUCAAGACGGGAUUCACCAUGGAGAAAUCAGAUGGUUUCUGACAACUACUGUGAUUCCCUAAGCAGACCGAAGUCCACACCAACGCCAACUGGGUCCCUAAGUGCCAAUGGGGUGUCAGGAGAAGGAUUAGAUUAUGACAGAUUAAAACAGGAUAUUUUAGAUGAAAUGAGGAAGGAACUGACAAAACUGAAAGAAGAACUUAUUGAUGCAAUCAGGCAGGAACUGAGCAAGUCAAAUAGUGCAUAGAAGAACAGGAGUUCCACUGCAGAUUUCUACAUUUGACCUGGCACUAGAGCUUUCGGGAGGGGGGGGGAUAAAACUUUUUUUUUAAGAAAACAUGAAGAGUGUUUUGCAAGAAGGACCCACUGUACUACAUUUUGGAACAUGGAGAGCCAAGCCUUGUUAUAGCAGCAGUGAAGAGCUUUCUUCUUUCCUUGGAGCUUGCUGCUUUGUCUUGACCACCUUGCCAGAGGGUGAAAAAAAGUCUUAAAAGUUACUCUGAUAAUUUGCAAAGAGAGAUCUUGUAGUAAAUAAACAGUAUUAGUGCAGGAAAGUACUUCAUGCUGACAGACCAUUUGCACAUUCUGUAGACCUGAACUGCAAAGGCACACUGGGCAGGGGCAGGUUUCCAUCUUGCAGCCAUGUGCUGGCUACAGAGGAAGGCUUUCUUUUUGGGAAAGAAGGACUUCAUAGCAGGUUGUAGUCUUCUGCUGCAGGGCUCCAUAAAGCUUGUCUUCCUGAAAUACUCUUAUACCUGAAAUAUGUACAUUAAAUAUCUGGAGAUGUUUGUUCACGUCUGUUCUAAUGUUAAAAUCAUGGCCAUAUCAGGUAGCUUUAUGAUAUGUUAAUUGGAUGGCCUAUUUGUAGGAUUUUUGGCUUAAUAUUCUGAAAUAAUAAAUGCUGGAAAGCCUAACUAUAGUUAGCCUACAUUUGGACUAUGUUUCCUUUUAAAGUAUAAGGAGUCAAGUGAUCACAGAAGUAGAUGCCUUCCUACAUCAGUUUACCGCUUUACCAAAUCUGAGACUCCGCCAUGCAAAUAGGUAUCGAAAGUGAAUCAAAUAAAGACAGCAUCUGUCAACGGAUUUUUUUUUUUUUUUCGUUUUUCAUUUACUUAAACUUUAUUGCAUGUUCAGUUUUGUAAAAUCACACAGCCAUACAAUCAUUUUUUUUUAAUUUUUUUUAUUUUGUAAGCAAUAAAUGUAACAUGACCAUUAAGUUGCCUUUUACACUUCUCCAAGCUUUUGGUUCUGUUAGGCAUUUCAUUUCUCCUUUAGUUAAAGUUUGUUGUUUCUUUAUUUCUUUUAUAAUUAACUCAUUAAAAUUACAUGUAUGAUUUCCACAGCUGUAUUUUACUAGGAACUAAAUGCAUGCAUAUUGAUGGGAGAGAGCUGUGAAUUUAUAGUCAUGGUUUAUUACACUGACCUGAUAAAGUUCUUCUUUAAUUGCUGUUUGUAUUUCAUUUUAGACACCAGAAUGUUCCAAAUUGGCUGUAAUUACCAUUGCUCUUUGGUAUUAGUGCCUCUCAGCCUCUCAAAUCAAUUUCUCCACAACACUGUCAAGAUAGCAACAAAGAGUUACACAAAAAGGGUAAAAACAAAAAAAAAAAAAAAGGUUUCGCACUAACAUGUUAAUCACUCUAGUGUACUUUUUAUUAUUUAGUUAUUAAAAUGGAAUUAAAACAAAAAAAAACCUUGCGGCCACAGCGUGUCAUUCUUCCAGGAAGUUAGUGUUUUCAGUUAUUUCUUGAGUGACUCCUCACAAUUCAGUCCUAGCUGCGUUUUGCCAGAUUAAUCAAAGAGAAUCACUAAAGAGGCAGAACUCCUAUAAAGAAGUGGAGCCCAUUACUGCAGGGUGAGUAGAUUUCCUACGGUACACUUGGUAUGAUAUGCUCGAAUUGCAUAGGUGCAAGUGUGAUUAAGUUAAGUACAACAUUGUAGGGAGAGCAAAGCGGAUAUAAAACAAACAAAAACAAAAUUGGAGUAAGUGACAGCUACUGUGUUUUGUGGGAUUCAUUUGAUGACUUCUCUUGUUAGCAUAUUUUGUUUCCACUUGUUUUGAAGAACCAAAACACUGAACUGCUGUAGUUUUGUGAAUGUACAGCAUGACUGCACUUUAGAACCCAUUUAAAGUCAUCUUGUGGUUUAUACUCAAGUUUUUUUUUUCCUCCUGGGUAUAGGUGGUUUAUUUUUCAAUAUAAACAUUGGAUAAUUUACUAAUAGAGCUCUUCCUCACGUUUUCUUUUACAUGUUUUCCUGUGAAUCUUUUAACUUCAUUUGAUUCUGUUUAUCUGGCAACUUUCUUCAUUGAACUAAAUUAAGAUUGUAGGCAAAUUUGAUUUCUUAGUAAUCUAAUUAGGACUGUGCCUUGUUCUGAAACGAGUCUGCGAUGACACGGGUUCACCUGUCCCUUGUUUCUGCUUGUCUUGUAAUUCUAAACGUGGGGAUUUGGAUGAAAGUUUUAUACCGUGUAAACAUUUUUCACAAAUGCUGCUGUCUGAGAGUAGAAGGUGGUGGUGGUGAUGAUGAUAAAUGAUCAGAUAAUAAUUUUGUUAAAAUCUCACAAAAGGUGAAAUGUGGGCUGUGGGAAACCCAGAUCCUGUGUAAAAAUCCCUUGUAUUCAUUGCAAUCUUAUUAACUGAAUGUCCAAAUCAAUAUGCUGGUGCUGAAGCCCUUUUAUUUACUAAUUAUUCUGAUAAUUAUGGGAAUGGCAGCCCAAGUCAAACAUAUUGAAUGUUUUGAAAUGUUUUAAGCAUUUUUUGUUCUUCUUCUUUUCCAUUCACUUUGUACCACAAUGUUUAUUUCUGUUUCUUUUAAAUUUCAUACAAGCUAACAUUUUGUUUUUUGUUUGAGCGAAUGAAAUAAACUUGCAAUACAUUA